AUGCAUCGUCACUGUGGGUUGCCAAACCAGCAAUGUUGCUGGAUCGGGAAAGCCCAUUUCGUCGGGGAGGUGCAUUGGAAUUCGACCCCCGCUGGUUGUUUGCAGAUCAGGCUGCAUCACUAUCGCCCUUAUCAGCAGGAGGGCAAGCCUAUCCCGAUCGACCUGGUGGUAUCGGGCCCCAACCUCGGAGCGAACGCAGCAGCUCUGUUCCUCCUCUCCAGUGGCACAAUCGGCGGGGCCAUGGUGGCCGUCCUGUGUGGAAAGAGGUCUAUUGCUCUCUCCUUUGAGCCAGCUACCAAAGACAAUAUUUACAAUCGAGGGCAGAUUGCAGAUGCAUCUAGGCAUGCCGUACGUCUGAUUGAGCAUUUGUACCACAGCUGUGACGACGGCGUAGAAUUCUACUCCGUGAACAUACCGCUGCGAUCUGUUCCCAGCGGAGACAGGAAGGUCGUUUAUACUCGGAUCCGACCGAACCGUUGGCUGGCAGCCAGUCCGUUUCAAGUCCUUUCGCUGUCGGGAGAUACAACUAGACGGAGCGCGGACUCACCGCUGCUACUGCGAUGGGCGCCAGACCUAUCAGAUAGCCACGGUAGUAUGGACCGCACCUCGGAUACAGAUGAUGGCUGGGCAGUACGUUAA